AAGGUGCUGAAGAAUGCCAACGUCCUAACAAAGCAUACAAUUAGAUUUUGAUUAAUUUCUGUGGCCCUUCUGUCCUCUCUAUUGGCCUUAAAUAGGUGGAAGAAAAAGUUGAGUUUGUGAUUCAAGAAUCCCUAUAUAAAGUCACCACCUUUGGCAUUCAUGUGGAUACAGCCGCCCACCACAACCUCUAACUACUAGUGUUACUCCUCUCAUCCAAUCAAAACAAACUCAUUCUACAACUAUGAAUGCCUCUUUCCUUCUCACCUUCUUCCUGGCUGUCCUAGCAACUCUGGGGACCCUCUCGACGAUGUCAGAGGCUCGAGCCUUCUUUGUUUUUGGUGAUUCUCUUGUUGACAAUGGCAAUAACAACUACUUGGCGACGACAGCUCGUGCCGACUCGCCUCCUUAUGGGAUUGACUACCCGACUCACCAACCCACAGGCAGAUUCUCUAAUGGGCUCAACAUCCCUGACAUUAUCAGUGAGCAGAUCGGGGCUGAACCUACAUUGCCUUAUCUCAGCCCUGAGCUCCGAGGAGAAAAACUGCUUGUGGGCGCCAACUUUGCAUCGGCAGGGAUUGGAAUUCUCAAUGAUACUGGAAUUCAAUUUAUAAACAUCAUUAAAAUCAGUAGGCAGUUGCAAUACUUUGAGCAGUACCAGCAAAGGUUAAGCGCGCUCAUAGGCGUGGCUCAGGCGAAGAAGCUUGUGAACAAAGCCCUUGUCCUCAUCACUCUUGGAGGCAAUGACUUUGUUAACAACUAUUACUUGGUGCCAUUUUCUGCAAGAUCUCGCGAGUUUGCGCUACCUGACUACGUUCGCUAUAUAAUCUUUGAAUACAAGAAAAUUCUUCGGACGCUACAUGAAUUAGGUGCCCGUCGAAUAAUGGUCACCGGAACCGGUCCUCUUGGCUGCGUGCCGGCCGAGCUUGCUGAAAGAAGUCGGGAUGGUAGCUGUGACCCUGAGCUGCAGAGAGCUGCAGCUCUAUUCAAUCCCCAGUUGAUCCAAAUUUUAAAUGAACUAAACACAGAUCUUGGAUCAGACAUCUAUAUCUCUGCCAAUGCUUUCAAGAUGCAUAUGGACUACGUAUCAGAUCCAGCAGCCUAUGGGUUCGUUACAUCAAAAAUUGCAUGUUGUGGGCAAGGACCUUACAAUGGGCUAGGGCUAUGCACUGUUGCAUCAAAUUUAUGUUCCAACCGCAACUUGUAUUCAUUUUGGGAUGCAUACCAUCCCACAGAGAAAGCAAACCGGAUCAUUGUGAACCAGUUCAUGAUCGGUUCCUCCGAGUACAUGAACCCCAUGAAUUUGAGCACCAUUCUAGCCCUGGAUGCAAGUACUUAGCAUCUUGAGAACUGAUUCAUUGCCUUUCUUUUUAAGCUCUAUGGAAUGUUCCCUUUGCUUACAAGCUUUCCUUACGUGUGGUACGUAUGUCCGCUGCCAUAUCCAGUGUAUCAUCUAAUAUGUAGUUCAAUGUUCGGGCCAAAGAUUGCCCGCAUAAGGUGGUUAAGGAUCAAUAAACUGAUAUGUAGCCUUUGAGCAUUUUGGUUUCUGGUGAAUAAUAAUGGUAUAUGUUUGAAA